AUGGAGUCCUCAUUGCCCACUCACGCAAAAGACAACCCCAACGUCUCGGCCGAGGGUGCACCUUCGAAGAAUGCAUUGAAGAAGGCACAGAAGGAGGCUGAGAAGGCCGCAAAAAAGGCUGCGGCGAAGAAAGCAGAUGAAGAGAAGAGAGUUGCGCAACAGGCGCAGGCGUCAGAAGACACCGCCAAGGACAAAUACGGCGAUUUACCGCAGGAUGAAGUUAAGAUCACUCAUUUGAAGAAGCUGGGAGAGGAGUACGUUGACAAGGAGGUCACCGUGAUCUCGAGAAUCCACAACACCCGAAGCCAGAGCGCGAAGCUGGCCUUCCUAAUGCUUCGGCAACAGGGCAAGACGAUACAGGCCGUGGUCGCCGCCAAUUCAGAGGCGGUGUCGAGACAGAUGGUCAAGUGGUCCGUUUCGCUCAACGUGAACUCCUUUGUGCGAGUCACCGGCAUUGUCAAGAAGCCGGACCCUCCUGUCGCCUCUGCCUCAAUCAGCAACCUCGAACUCCAAGUAACCAAGAUCUACCUCGUCGCGCGCGCUGCCGAGCAACUGCCGAUGCAAGUCAAAGACGCCGAGCGCCCACCACCGGCCAAAGAGGAGGAGGGCCAGGUCGAUGCGGAGGGUGCCCCCAUUGUCACGCUGAAGACUCGACUUGACAACCGUGUAAUCGAUCUGCAAACGGAGUGCAAUCAGGCCAUCUUCACCAUCUCCAGCGCCGUAGAGGGCCUUUUUGCGGAGUACCUGAGAAAGGCCGGUUCCAGGCAGUUCAACACCCCCAAGAUCCUAGGUGCAGCAACCGAGGGCGGAAGCGGUGUCUUUGAGGUCAAGAAUUACUUCGGCAAGAGUGGUUUUCUGGCUCAGAGUCCGCAGUUGUACAAGCAAAUGCUGAUUGCGGCUGACUGUGAAAGUGUGUUUGAAGUUGGUCCCGUGUUUCGUGCUGAGAACAGCAACACGCAUCGACACUUGUGCGAAUUCACUGGACUCGAUUUCGAAAUGGUCUUUGACCACCACUAUCACGAAGUCCUUGGGUUCGCCGAGCAGUUGAUCGUCUUUAUUGUGCACGAGUUGCAAGCCCGGUACAAAGACGAAAUUGCCGUAGUGCAAAAAUACUUCCCAAGAGCUGGAGAUUUCAGAAUCAAAGACGGCAAAGCUCUGCGGCUCAAGUACUUCGACGGCAUCAAAAUCCUGCGAGACGCUGGCGUCGACACUACGGAGCAGGACAACUUCGUCACGGAUCUGACGACAGCUCAAGAAAAGAGAUUGGGUCAGUUGAUCCGCGAGAAGUACGAUACCGAUUUCUACGUCCUCGAUGAAUUUCCCAUGUGCGUACGGCCAUUCUACACCAAGGUGCACCCUACCGAUCCCAAUCUCUCCAACUCAUAUGAUUUCUUCAUGCGCGGCGAGGAGAUCAUGUCCGGUGCUCAGCGAAUCAACGAUGCUGCGGAGCUUGAGGCAGCCAUGAGGAGCAAAGGACUCGAUCCAAACUCGGAAGGGUUCCAAGAUUACGUCAAUGCUUUCAGGCAAGGAUGUCGACCGCACGCGGGUGGCGGUCUAGGGUUGAAUCGAAUUGUGAUGUUCUUCUUGGGCUUGGACAACGUCAGACAAGCAACGCCAUUCCCUCGCGACCCUCAGAGACUGAGGCCUUGA